CAGGCCAUUCCCACGCCCUCCCCCUCGCCUCGCGCCUCUGCCCCCCACGGGGGAGGGGGAGGGAAGUGGGAAGGGGGGAAGGGAGGAUAGAGGUGGGGGAAGGGAGGAUAGAGGUGGGGGAAGGGAGGUAAGGGACUGGGACAUGGUGCAAAAGGCGACUUGGGUAGGGGAAGGUUAGUGAUGUCCCCGUCAACCGCCCCCGCAUCUUCCAACUUCAGCUUUCCGGGGAGGGCGGGUGGGGCGUGCAUGCUGGCCAGCUCCUCUCUGUCCCGGAGAGUGCAGUUUCCCUUAGCUUCCCCCCUCAUUCCGCUCGCUCGCUUCCUCCUCCGGAGCAGCUCCUCCUCCGGUUGCAUGCAGCAUGCAGGCCUCCCCUCCGCAGCCGCAUGCCCCGUGAAUAGCUCUCCGAUGCGCUCUUUUAGUUCCACUACAUGCCUACAGCUGGCUCCCCGCCCCCCGCCACCGCGCGGCUUCCCUGCUGUUGCAUGUACCGUGUCCAGGUUGGUCCGAAGCCCUCCCCGCCCCGGAUGGUGCUGCCUGCAAAAGCUCUAUCCCCACCCCCGCCCCAGUGGAAGCCCCCCGAUCUGGGUUUGCCGGCUCCAUGCGGCUGCCCAGGCCGGCGCUUCCCAAGCUGGCCAGCUUGGGUGGCUGGGAGGAGAAGGCGGUGGUGGCAGAAGAAAGGAGGGGGGCCCCGCGCCGCGUUGGACGGGGCUGGGCGUUGUGCCCUUCUCUGCUACGCCGUGGGGAGGCAGUGUUUCCGCCCUCGCCGCUCGGUCUCGGGGCUGCUCGCCGCCCGCGCCGGGCCCCCAGCCCCUCCCUGCCCAGCCCUGCUGUCUUCUACUCAGUCCCAGGUUCCCCUGGCGCUGCUGUGGGACUGCUAGGUCACAGUCUCCCAACACUCCUGACACUAACCCCACUCGGCCACGGACGGCCCUGAGCCUGUCUUCCUCUGAGCUCCUUGUUUACUAAGGAAGUCCUCUUUUCAUACCUACCCACCCCCCUUCCGGCAUAUUCUGGCAAAAUACUGCACUCCUUGCAGAACAGCAUCGUGCUGAGUCCUAUAAGGAAAAUCUACUCUUUUAUUUUGGUCACUAGUGAUACAGAAUCAAUAUUAAAACAGUUAAUGAACAUGAAAAAUAAUAGAAGAAUCUUAAUAUGCCAGAACUAUUAUGACCACAGUUGAUGCCAAAUUACAUUAUUUGACAGGGAUGUCAUUGGCAUUGUACAGUAUUAUACAACCAAUGAUGCAUAAUAGUACUGUUGUCUAUAUACGUGUAAGGUCCCAAAUCUGAGUUUAUCUGGAGAUAAUCCUUUACUUAAACAGAUUCUUGUUUGACAAACCUGCUAACCUUGUGGGUAAACUGGGAAGGAGAAACUUCAUGUAUAAUAAAUAUGGCCAUUUCUAGGCUUUUUUUUCCUCCAAAAGAAAAAAAAAAAAGCAAAUUGCAAUACUUUUCUUGGGUAUUCUGGUCUGUGUCGUUUUUUUGCAUGGUGAGUGAUGAGUGUUUGAAGAAAAAUAGAAGAGACUUUUUUAAUGGACAUGAAACUAAUAUGACCCUGAAAGUAUGUGUGAAAUGAGUUCUUACUGAGCGUGUUAGGAGAUUUGAUGAACUUAAGCAAUAUUUCUGCUUUAUGAAGAACUGAAUUCAUUUAGGAAAGUGGGUGAGCAAACCAACCAAUCGUAGGUGUGCUCAAGUGGGAACUUGUACAUGUAACUUAUAUGUGGGUGUAGAGUAUCUGUAGAAAUGAGAAGUUCAUCUAUGUAUUUCUCUUUGGUUGCUAAAGAUGUGGGGGAGUACAUAUCUCUGUGGGUGAAGUUGAUAUUUUAAAAUAGUUUUAAAAGGAACAAAAUAUUGGUUGAUGAUAAAACUGUGUUGUGUGAAGGGAUCUAUAUGCUUUAGUUGCAGUGUUAUUUAGCUGGCUAGUAAAAUUUAACUAUACAUGUAAUUGGUAGUCCCUGUUAAUUUAAAAACUAAGAAAUUAAUUUGGAUGAAACUUAAUAUAUUAACAUUGAAGUAGCCAUUAAAAUUGAAGAGGUUUCUGAUAAAUUUGUGAGUUCUGAAUAUGAUAUGGGUUUAACUGUUAAAUUAUGUUUUGAAGCUAUUUGCUUUCACUUCACAUUCACAUUUAAAAAUAUAUUCCACUUGUAGCCUUCUUUAACAAAAUUGUUUAAACUAAACUGUCUUGAACUCUUUACUUUCCCAAACACCUAAUUUAACAAUCAAGGUUUAAUUUAUGAAGUUAAGCACUAUAAUUUAAAGAAUGUUGUUCAACUCUGCAUUUAAAAAAUAGACCUAGUUUGCCAGCUGCAUUAAUGUAGACUUGACUAUUUUGUGUGGAAAACAUUUUUUCAUUGAUAAAGUAUAUAUUUUUUUCAUUACUUUCCUUUGAAGAAAGAUGAAUUUUAAAUACUAAACAAUAGCUUGCUCGUUUUUUAAAAAAGUAUAAUGAUCAUAGUUGAGGGGGAAAUAUUAAACUGAUUAUUGAAAAGCCCCCCCAAAUAGAUAUCAUCUUUUGGCUUUCAGAGCUUAAUGUAUAUAUGUUUUAUAGUAUUUUUCUGGUAAGGAUAAGUUCUGCAUUGCCUAUUCGUGUCACCAUACUAGUAUAUUUUUUGGAUGUCUCGGUGUCAGAUCUUCUAUACCAUAUUGAAAGUUCCUAUACUAGUCUUUGAACUAGUAAGAACUGGGUAAGUGCCAUGAAAUUGUUUUAUUGUCACAAUUCUCAUACUUCUACUUCUUUUAGCAAGCUGACUCUUGAAAUGACCAAAAGUUUUAAAUCUAUGAAAAUAAUAUACAACAUAGGGUGUUAGUCAUGCCAGUCAUCUUUUGAAAAGAGAAUCUGAAAGAGGUGACAUAGAUAAGUGGAAUAAAAGCUUUCAUAAGUUAUCUUAGGAAGAAGACUUGGAAAAAAUGUUUGGAGUGUGUGUGUAGACACAUAUACACACAUAUACAUACACACACAUGCACACAUUUAUAUUUUAGAGUACUUUUAUUAAGUGUGUUCAUUUACUCCCAAAAAGCUUUUUGACAAGCUUUCCUUUUUACAAGCAAGGUUCCUCAGAUGGACUUUCAGAAUAAAAGACAGUUUUCCAUGAACAUUUCUCUAUUUUUGUAUGACAUUUUAUCCAAAGAGAAAUGACUGGUAUUUCCAUAAUAAAUGGAAAAGUCAAGCUUUUAAUUUUAAGUGUACCAGUAUAACAUUAAAGUUGGAACAGUAUUUGUAUUUACCUUGUUUUUGUAUAUAGGCUCUUCUGUAAAAUGUAGUUCAUAGUUUUUGUGAUUUCAAUUCAGGUACUUUUUGUAAUUUCUUUUUUAGGCAUAGAAUAAAAUCUGUUGUGUUUGGAUUUAUCACACAGUAAAGAUACUUUGGACCUCAUAUUGAAGAUACGGAAAGCUAUUUAGCUUCUCUCACAGAAUUGUUUGAAAAUGGAGUCCAUCUUCUGGAGAUUCUGGCACAGGCUGGGUCACAUGCAGCAACUGGAAGAUAUGCUCAUGCACAUGUGAACACUUCCUUCCACUCUAUACAGACAUUGUAUUAGCUUAUUGUUUUGUUUAAAAUUUGAAAUGUUAAUAAACAACAUAUUAUGUAUGAGUA